CGCCGCGGCCGUGCAGCCGUAGGUGGUGGCUCUGAGACGCGCUUGCGUAGUCUGAAGGGUACCGCACAGCACCUAGGGAUACCCAUCGUUCGAAGGACUCAAGAGGUACAGCCUCGCGCUGACAGCUCAGGCCGGUUGGCCACCUUAGAACAAGAGCAAUGUUGCGCCACGCCCUGCGCGGCGCCGCGCGGAUCAAAGGAAGACCGCUGAGCGAGGCCGCCGCCGUGUCCGCACCUCCAAAGGUCCCCCAGCCGCCCGUCCCGCCGCCCGACGACGACGCGGCGCUCACGCCGCGGAAGAUUUGUGAUGAGCUCGACACGCAUAUUGUCGGGCAAGAUGCGGCGAAGCGCGCCGUCGCCAUCGCUCUGAGGAACCGGUGGCGCCGCCAGUUGCUGGGCGAGGAAUUGAGAGCUGAGGUGGUGCCCAAAAACAUCCUGAUGAUCGGGCCGACGGGAUGCGGCAAGACGGAAAUAGCUCGAAGGCUCUCGAAGCUCGCGAACGCUCCUUUUGUGAAGGUCGAAGCUACGAAGUUCACGGAGGUCGGCUUUCAUGGCAGAGACGUGGAUCAAAUCAUCCGGGAUCUGGUCGAGGCGUCGAUCGCGUUAACAAGAAAACGAAAGGCCGAGGCGUUUCGCGCGGAGGCGGCCCGAGCGGCCGAGACGCGCAUCCUGGACACGCUAACCGGUUUAAAUGCGGCCCAAGCGACACAGAGCUCAUUCAGAGAGAUGCUGCGGAAGGGCGUGCUUGAUGAUCGCCAGAUCGACGUCGACGUCCCGCACAGCCAGCCGCCGCAGCAGAGCGGCGUCAUCCAGCUCGACCAGUCGAAUCCGGUGAGUAUCAACGACUUUCUAGGGAGGUUCUCGCAGAUGGCUUCCAGCAAAGGUAGAAGUGAGAGAAAAAGAUUAGCUAUCCGCGAUGCAAGGCCCAUCAUCGAGGAACAAGAGCUCGAGAAGCUCCUGGAGAACAUCGAUGUUAAUAGAGAAGCCGUCCAGGCCGUCGAGGAGUCGGGGAUUGUCUUUAUUGAUGAAAUUGAUAAGAUUGUCAAUGCGUCCGACUAUCGAGGGGCCGAUGCCUCUGCGGAAGGCGUGCAGCGGGAUCUCCUGCCGUUGAUUGAGGGUAGUACCAUAGCGACGAAGUACGGCAAUGUCAAUACGGAUUACGUGUUAUUUAUCGCGUCGGGGGCUUUCCAUCAAGCGAAGCCUUCUGACUUGUUGGCGGAGCUACAAGGUAGACUACCCAUCAGGGUCGAGCUCGAAGCGCUCACGGAAGAACAGUUGUACAAGAUCCUCACGGAGCCCAAGCAUAAUCUCAUCGCGCAACAAAGGGCGUUAUUAGCGACGGAGAACGUCAUGCUCGAAUUCACCGAGGAGGCGAUCCGGGAGAUUGCCCGAGUAGCAGCUUUGGCCAACCGAACGAUCGAGAACAUCGGCGCUAGACGUUUACAUACCUGCAUCGAGCGCAUCAUCGACGAAAUUUCCUUCGACGCGUGCGACUACCCGCCGGGCGACCUCGUGACGAUUGACGAAGAGUACGUCAGAUCAAAAGUCGACGACAUGCUCGUGGCCUCGGACGUGUCCAAGUACAUCCUCUAGAUUCCCCUAUAAGCGUGUGUUUACCUUC